UUACCAAUCGGAAGAGGAAGCCGCGAAAGAUCGAGCUGUUCAAAAUGCCGAAAUGCAACUUGUUUCAUUUCAAUGUUUUUGUAAACGACAGGCCCCUAAAAGAGUACGCCAUGGGUUCGGAGUUCUAUGUGGAAUCUGACCUUCACUCUGACGCGUCAUAUUAUAUCGAGGAGGGGGAUGCUGAAGAAAAUACGCAGAGAUACCCUGUGACACCAUUCACAGUAAAAGGAUCAUUGCACAACCUUUACGACUUCCCGUUGUAUCUAAGGCUGCGUGUUGAUGGCCAACAGAUUUGGAUGAAACCAUUCCCUCCCCGUUGUAAACAGUCAUUUAAGGUAAAUGGAUACAAAUAUGAACAUGUGAUAAGAGAACUCCUCUUCACGCUGCCAAGGAUUGAGGAAAGUGUUUCACCGAAGAAAAAGAGACAAAAGAGUGGAAAUGAAGAGAGGAAUAUGGAGGGCACCAUCAGUAUGGAGUGUAUAGAGGCAAAGGAAUGUGGCACAUUUACUACCCAAAGGACAUCAUUCAAGGCUUCCCAUUCUGCUGAACUGUCCCAUCGACCGGGCUUGUACCAGUCCUCAAAGAAAUACGGUUCAGGAAAUGUUGGUGUUUCAACUCGUGAAGGUCGAACUCUAUUCAAUUGCGCCCCAGAACGUGGCAGCAUGAAAACGAUGGUGAAGUAUCAGAUUGGAAAACAUCACUUUCAAGGCGUGGUCAUGAAAUAUCGACCUCGCUACAUGCUUCAAGAACUCGGCAUCACAGACGAGGCCUGGAACUCUGUCACUAACACCAGACGGAUGACCAACGAACAGAAGAACAGCGGUGACACGAAUGUUAACCUACAACCAGAAAAGGUGGAAAAUAUAACUAAUGAGAACACUGACCCAAACACAAAUGGAACUCUGGACUUUACAGAAAAAUUCAGAAAAAUGAAUUGCAACUCACCAUCAGAGCAAUCUGAAACAACUGUUGAUGAAAAGUCACAAAUUAUCAAUGCUGACUAUGGGCGUUUAUUCUGCCUUUCACCACGUGCCAAGCAGAAAAUGACUGUAGAUUCACCAUCGGCAUUGAAAACACUUGUCAACUCGCCUGCAGACCUGCAGAAAAUGAAUGUCUUCUCACCAAGUGACAAAAACAAAAUAGGGAAAACGGAUGUUAACUCGCCCUCUGAGCUGCUGAAGAAUCCUUAUAAAAGUCGUGUUAAAAUGGAAAACCAGGACGAUGAGCAUAGGCAAUACCGAAUGAUAGAAAUUGAUGACGACAUACAGAUUUUAGAGGAGGUAGAUGACGACGUCAUCUGGAUGGGAGAUGACAGCUGCUGUUUUCUGGACGUGACGGAUCCAGACAUAUCUAUGGUUGACCUCAGUGAAGACAUAUAACAAUACUUAACAUGAGGCACCUUUCAGUCAUCGACAAAGUUCUUAAGUCAGAUUCUCUGAAGAAGUUUGGUAAAGUGGAUUAAAUGACUACAUUGUUGAAUCAGAUUUGAUUAAGAGUAAAAUCAGGUUCCAUUCGACUGGUUCACUCCAUGCUUAUUAUUGCAGUUCAGUAAAAUAACAAAUUCACUAUUCUUGCAAUAAUAAACCUACCCUUACUGUAAAUAAAAGUUUAGGGGGCGACACCCAGAGCAUAUUACUGGAUAAAUACGGUGUAGAUCAUACCAUAUUUAUCCUCAAAUAAGCCCUAGUGUAAAAGUAUAGUAAUAAAUUUUCAGAGUUACUUCAGCAUUUGUGAACUUUUUUUAGCUUACCAGGGUACUAUUCUAAAAUUAAUGAUAAUGCGAACAUUAAGAAUGGGUUUAUUUGUGGACAGGGGCUUAUUUGUGGACAGGGGCUUAUUUGUAGACAUGGGUUUAUUUGUGGACGGGCUUAUUUGUGGACAGGGGCUUAUUUGUUAUUUACGGCUAAGAUCUUCUGUAAACAUCUAUAUUAACCUAUGACUGAGGGGGGAUAAUUAUAUAAGUUGUGUUGUUAUUUACGGCUAAGAUCUUCUGUAAACAUCUAUAUUAACCUAUGACUGACGGGGGAUAAGUUGUGUUGUUAUUUACGGCUAAGAUCUUCUGUAAACAUCUAUAUUAACCUAUGACUGAGGGGGGAUAAUUAUAUAAGUUGUGUUGUUAUUUACGGCUAAGAUUUUCUGUAAACAUCUAUACUAACCUAUGACUGACGGGGGAUAAGUUGUGUUGUUAUUUACGGCUAAGAUCCUACUGUAAACAUCUAUGUUAUAGAUGGCAUCUUAUUUGUGCUCUUCAAACAUUACGCUAUUUUACAAUUCAAGAUUUUAUUUUUUUAUCACUCGCGCAUUGUGACAUGCCAGUCUGUUACAUCAUGAUACACAAAAAAAUCAAUAGUGCCAAAAUGCAUACUUUUAUGGUAUGUGAAUUCAUCAGUGCUAUAUCACUCGAGUGUGGAUACUGUCUUUUAAAAAAAAAAUCUGAAUUUUCGACUAGCUUUCUGUUGGGGACAUUACAGUCGCUGUAAUGGCAAUGGUUUUCCAUAAUAGUGCUUUAAUUGUGCAUUAAAAAAAUCCUUGCUUUAAGCAAUUUUACAGUGAUAAAUUGAUCAUGAGUUAGUCUUUGGGAUCUUACACGUUAUUAUUUCCAUUACUUGUAUUAGUUUCAAGAAGUUCAUUGGUUUGUUUCAUUGAAAACCAAACUUUUUGUAAUGUUGUCCAGGUUGAGUAAAAAUAGAAGUAUUUAAUAAUCCAGUGAUGUCAUAACUGUUUCAAUGACAAAUGAAAUGGACAAGAUUCGUUAUUAAAGCCAAAAUUAUCUUCAUUGUGACAACAGUUACUGUAAACUAUUAGAAUAAGCUGAUUCUAGUAAAUGAUUAUACAUUUUUCAUAUAUCCAUGUUCGUCAAAAUGUGCUUGAUAUUAACCUUGACACACUUUUAUGGAUGUUAAAAAGAAAUAAAAACAAAACUUAAAGUGUAAAUAAUUUCCCCGAUUGAAAAUGAAAAAGGAUAGAGUCAUACACAUCCAAUUCAUUGCUUGUUGAUUAAUCCACAGAUCUUGUAGGUAAUUUUCUCCACACUGAUCAUGCAAUCAUUCCAUCUUGAAACACCUGUUGUUGUACUUCCUCGCUACCAUGAGAAUAAUUUGUGUUGGUGCAGAUAGCAUUGAUCUUGCUUGAUCUUGGGACGUAAGUAGACCGAUUAUUUUUCAUUUCUGAAAUAUAAAUUAAGUAUUUAUAUUCAUUUUGUACAAAAGAAGGUUGUACAAGUCUGAUUGUUGAUAUUUAAUUAAAUGCUUAAGGUGUCCUUUUAUGUUCUUCCUUUUUUUCUAAUCUUUCAUUAAAAUUCCAUCUUGUAUACUGUAGAACGAUGAGGAUUCUCUGUAGAUACAUUUAUGAUAUGUACAUCACAUGUGUAUAAACAAUUGUCUUAGUCAUAAUAUCGAUCCUCAUGUUAUCUUGUAUACCUGUGCUCAAAUUAUUUCAUCUGCAUUUGUCAUCUUUUAUUCCAUGUUCUUGUUAAACGGAAAUAAUAUGAUUUCACGAAUAACUA